AUGUCAAGACAAUCAAGACACUCAAGUAAUAUAAUCGAGAGUGAUGAUAUUGAAGUUGAUGCAACAUUUGAAAUCUUUGAAGUCGUAAACACCGAUAAUUCCAACAAGAUGGAUGAAAAAAAUAAACCAACUAAAACUAUAAGUAUUGAAGAAAAAGAAUUAUUAUGGAAAAUCGAUACGAGAGUCAUUCCAUUAUUUACACUUCUUUAUACUUUUAGUUUUAUGGAUAAAGCUUAUGUAUUAUUCGAAGUACCAUCGAAUAUCAUUUUAAUAAAUACCAGACCCUCAGUUUGGAUUUCAUCUAUUAUGCUUGCAAGUGGUAUCAUAGUGAUGUCUACAGCAGCAGCAAAAGAUUUUCCUCAAAUUAUGAUAUUAAGAUUUUUAUUGGGUGUAUUUGAAGCUGGAUUUUUUCCAGGCGCCGUAUUUUACAUUACAAAAUGGUAUAAGAAUUAUGAAGAAAAUUUUCGAAUUAGCUUAUUUGUCUCUCUUGCUACAAUUGCCGGCGGGUUUAGUGGCCUUAUGUCAUUUGUUGUCGCAAAUAUAUUACAUGAAGUAAAUGGUUUAAGUGGUUGGCAAUGGGCAUUUAUCAUUGACGGUGUGUUGACAUGCGCUGUUGCGUUGUUCUCUUAUUAUUUAAUCCCGGACAGUGCAGAAACUGCCUCUUGGCUUACAAAAGAAGAACGAAAAUUAGCUGUUGAACGUUUAAAUCAUAGAUCAUCAUAUCAUCAUGAAUCUUUUUAUACUGAAAGUCAUCAGAUUUUAGAAGCUUUUAAAGAUUGGAAAAUUUAUAUGGCGAUGUUGUUAUAUUUUUGUAUACUUGCUCCUUUGUAUUCUUUUUCUUUUUUCAUUUCAUCAAUUGUAAACGGUCUAGGAUUUAGUAGUGUUGUUUCUCAAAUUCUUGCUGUUCCUCCAUUUAUUUUGGGAUCUGGUUCUUCGGUAAUUAUAGCUAUACAAUCUGAUCGAGCUGGAGUUCGCGGUCCAUAUUUAUUGUGUUGUUUGUUAGUAUCAAUAUUGGGUUACGCAUUUCUCCUUACGCAGAAUACUAGUACAACUGUCAAAUAUAUCGGUGCUUGUAUUAUUGGAAUAGGUUUAUUUCCAUGUAUACCUACAUCAAUUACAUGGUUAAUUAACAAUUUGGCUGGUGAAACUAAAUGCGCCAUAGGAGACGCUAUGAUGAUAGCCGCUGGUAACAUAGGUGCAGGAAUAAGCACCCAAUUUUAUAAAUAUAAAGAUGCUCCAUCUUAUAAAUUCGGUCAUAGUAUUUCAUUAGCACUUUUAAUUGUUGCUCUAAUUAUAACUUUAAUUAAAUUUCAUUUGUUGAAUAGAGCUAAUAAUAAUAAGCUUUUGAAAAAAUAUAAUAUAGAUAUAGAUGAUGAAGAGACUAUGAAGUUUGGAGAAAGGCAUCCUUCAUUUAUGUAUAGUUUGUAA